GGGCAGCGCAGCAGUCGUGUCACGGAGUAAAGGCUGAACCAGAUCCUCCUUCAAUAUGCGGCCGCGUCGUGCCUACUUACAGACACCUUUUUAGCUAUACAUCUCAUCUCUACCUCUUCCAUCUAUUGUCAUUUGUGCAUCUCAUGUCUUCAAGUCUUCUAUAAUUCCAUUCAUCGUCUGAUUGUGGGUGGAGUGUAUGACAUACUUCGCUACGUCAACCCCCCGCCAUAGAUACACUGAAAUCUCCCCCCACCUCCCUAAAGACGGAAUUCCUUACCCCUGAAUUCGCCGAUUCGGUGGCAGCCACUGGCAGCAAAAGCCAAACCGUCGACGGAGAAACAUCCCUGGUCCCGUCCGAGGCAGCAGAUGCCCCGGAUGGUCCAUGAUCCAACGUCUGGAUGCAACUCAUCAGCAACCAUGGCUCGUCGACAUCCAAUAUCAAGAAGAGCCUCCACUCCUCCACACGUCCCUCUCCUCCGACCGACCUCCGCAUCACCGUCGCGUCUCCAGUGAUCUCCGAUCCAUGUGAUCCUGGACCAAGUCCACCCGUCAAAUAUUCCCCUUCCAUCCACUACAAACCCAUCCGACGCUCCUCUCAGCGUCUCGGUAUCCCCUCCGGCGUCGCAGGACUAGGGAACAGCAUCCGCCGCUCUGCAUCAUUUCAUUCGGGAUCUCCUUAUUCUCAACGCACCAAAAGUGCUCGUUCCCCAUUAUCCGCGACAUUUCCCCGCGAGAACAGCGACUCCGUGCCGCAACAGGCCCCUCCCAGUCCUCGAUGGAGCAUCUCCCGCCCCGACAUUAGCACCCGCAAUCUCAGCGCCUCCAGCUCUUCCAGCAGCAAGAAGAGCACCACCGACACCCUUUUUGGCACUCUUGCCCACCUCGCCUCCACAUCCGUCACGGGUCUCCGCGCACGGCAAUCCUCCAGCAGUGCAUCCAGCUCCGCAACACCUACACCCCCGGAAAGCUUUCAUCCCCACCGCAGCACGUCAAACGCGUCGACAAUGGCGUCGGUGCAGAUGCGGGCGCCAUCGGUGUCGACCCGUCCUCCGGGGACGGCACACUCGAAUAUGAACUUUGCCAUGGGUGCGAUGCCAACCGCCUCAGGGCAGGCCGGGACGACGGCGAGUCCACUAACGGUGGCACAACAUAUCCAUGAUCUGGCGUCGAAGCGGAUAUCGACGUUGGAUUAUUUGCGAAAGGCUCAUGAAGGCCGGAUAUACUGGUUUAACACCAUCCUAUUCACCACCCUCGAUCUCUCCAAACUCUCUUACUUUGCCCCCGCCAAACUCGCCCGCCGCGCCACCGCCUACGUCCUCCUCGGCUUCUCCCUCCCCGCCCUCCUCGACCUCAACGGCUCCUCCGCCCCCGAAUACCUCCGCGCCCUCAACUCCCUCCUCUCCGAAUUCGACUCAUUCCUCGAGAAACAUGGCGGCAGCGACACCGGCGGCAGCAGCUCCGGCUUCGGCGGCAGCCUCAGCAAAGGCCGCGUCCAGCAGAUGUUCAAGCGCGGCAUGCAGGGCGUCUCGAAAGGCCGUCGCGCCAGCGCCGCCACGGAUACCGUGUGGGCGGGCAUCGAGGGCGCGGCGAUGGGCGGUGCGAACAGCGCGACCAGCCCGCAGGACGAGACAGCUUCGAAUUCCACCACGCCGCUUGAUCCGCAUCCGCAUCCCGAGGCGUACACCAUCCAGCCGGCGACGUCGACGACGGAGAAGUCGACCACUCAGCCCGCCGGGCCGUUCCACCCGCACGCGUCCCCGUUCGACCCGUCCUACGCCCCGAGCCUCACCGGCGCCGAGCACCAUUCGCAUCUGCUGGUCAUACCGCUGCCAUUCCCGCCCGACUACUAUCAGGCGUUCAGCACGCUGUGCGAUUGUCUGAUCGACGUGUAUACGCGGAUCAUGGACCUGGUGCCGUCGCCAGAGGCGUUGAUGUCGAGGGAGCGGGAAGGCUCGAUUUCGGGGGGCGUGGGAGGGCAGGGUGCGGCAAUGGAUUGGAGGGAGAAUGCGGGGAUGAUCGGGGAGUUGUUCGCAAAGACGGAUACGAAGGUUAAGAAGCUGUUAGUCGCGGGAGUGGUGAGGGAGUUCGAGGAGGCGAGUCGGUCGGGUGUGAGGGGGGAGUUGAGGGGUGUGGGGAGAGUGGUGUUGGGGGGGUUGAUGUAGAAACGACAUCGAGAGAUGGGACAUAUGAAGGGGUAUUUACGACUUGUGGCAUGAUCAGGAUAGGUUAUUUUUCGGUGGGAUGGGCUUCUGAUGGCGCUGCAUUGGGCUGGACGUUGUGCUUGAAUGAAGCAUAGAUCGGCGUAUAUCAUAAAUGAACCUUUGAGAAUCCUCCACAAUUUCGACGCCAUGAGUUUGGUUUUCGAUGAAGGAUUGCACUCGGUAUGACCUACUUUCAGAGUCAUGCACCAGACCUCGCGCUCUCAGCACACUCAAAUAACUGGAAUUCUG